GUGGGUCGGUUUGAUAUUAUUUUUACCAUGCGCUUUUAAUUAAUUAAUUUAUUUUAUAUAUUUUUUGAAAUUCGAGUUUUAAGAGAAAAAGAUAUACUUUCUAUAACAAGCAGCUUUUAAAAAAACAAAAAAAAAAAAAAAAAAAAACAAUUGUAUCGUAUUGCUUCCUGUAAUUGUUGUGGUGUUUGCAUAAAUUCUAUUUGGGCCUUUGCUAUGACUGAAAACGGUGCUAUUUAAAAAUCAGGCCAGGCCCAAUAAUAAGCCCAUUAAAAGAAACUCGUAAAACAACUCCCGCUCGAAUUCAAAAAAACACGAAAAUCAAAAGGAAGCGAGAACGCCAUACAGAUCUCUUCUGUGUACAGAGAGAACCAGAGGAAACACAAAGUGAAGUGGCUUCAGAGAUGAGAGAAAUAGAAGAGAAAAUAGCUAAAAUCCUAGACGAAAUCAAGACCACAAACGCAACGCACAUUCGGAAACUGAAAGAACUCUUGACCGUCCGAUCAAAAUCACAAUCGUCCUUCUCAAAUUCCUUUUUCAAAACCCUAACUCCUAUUUUCCACAUCCAACGCCGGGUCCCUUCCGCUGAGCGCGUAAUACGCUUCAUUUCACUCUUCGCCACCACUGGCAACGACAACGCGUUCCUCGAAGAGUUUCUCAAGUUCUUACUUGUUGCUGCUGUUGCUGCUAGUAAAACCGCUAGGUUUAGGGCUUGCCAGAUCAUCUCCGAGAUAAUUAUGAGGCUGCCGGAUGAUGCUGAAGUGAGCGACGAUGUCUGGGAUGAAGUGAUAGAAUGCAUGAAGUUAAGAGUGGGAGAUAAAGUUCCGAUUAUCCGUACAUUUGCAAUCAGGUCACUUUCGCGGUUUGUUAAUGAUAGUGAGAAUAGUGAUAUUCUUGAUUUAUUCCUUCAACUGCUUCCUCUUGAGGGCAAUGCGGAGGUUCGCAAGACAAUUGUUUUAGCUUUGCCACCAUCAAAUGCAACCUCACUUGCUAUCAUUAAUUGCACUAUGGAUGUGAGUGAGUCUGUCCGCAAGGCUGCAUAUUAUGUUCUAGCUGAUAAGUUCCCUCUUCAAAGUCUCAGUAUAAAGCAAAGGACAGUAAUACUUCACAGAGGCCUUGGGGAUCGUUCUAUAGCUGUUUCAAAAGAAUGUUUAAAAUUAAUGAGAGAUGAGUGGCUUUUUAAGUGCUGCAACGAUGAUCCUAUAGAACUUCUCAAGUACCUUGACGUUGAAACCUACGAGUCAGUUGGGGAAUCUGUGAUGGCUGCUCUUUUAAAAGAUGGAUUAGUAAAAUUAUGUGAUGGCCAAAGUAUCCACCAGUAUGUAUCAUUGGCCCAUGCUGAAAAUGAAGGAGAAUCAGCAAACUCCACUGCAAGUAUCCAUUUAAUGGAGCCAGAGUUUGCAAUUUAUUGGAAGACAGUGUGUAGGCACUUGCAGACUGAAGCACAAGAAAAAGGUUCUGAUGCUGCUGCAACAAUGGGCACUGAAGCUGCAGUAUAUGCGGCUGCAGCUUCAGAUAGCAAUGACCUUCUAGAAAGGAUACUCCCUGCAACAGUUUCUGAUUAUGUAGAUUUAGUCAAAGCUCAUAUAGAUGCAGGAUCAAAUUAUCGCUUUGCAUCGCGUCAGCUACUAUUGCUUGGUGCAAUGCUUGAUUUUUCUGAUUCUACAAGCAGGAAAGUUGCAAGUUUAUUUGUGCAGGAACUACUGCACAAGCCACUUGACCAUGAAGUGGAUGACGAAGGAAACCGGGUUGUAAUAGGAGAUGGAAUAAACAUUGGCGGUGACAAAGAGUGGGCAGAUGCAGUGUCCAGUUUGGCGAAGAAAGUCCAUGCUGUCACUGGUGAAUUUGAAGAAAUUGUUCUUGGGAUUAUAGAAGAGCUGGCUCGACCUUGCAGGGAGAGAAUAGCAGACUUCAUGCAGUGGAUGCACUGCCUGGCUGUUACUGGUCUUCUCUUGGAAAAUGCAAAAGCAAUGCACUGGCUUCAAGGCAAAGCUAUUGAACCCGCUGAGCUGCUUCAAUCUUUAUUGCUUCCUGGGGCAAAACACAUUCACUUGGAUGUGCAAAGGGUUGCCAUCAGGUGUCUUGGUCUUUUUGGCUUGUUAGAGAAGAAGCCAAGUGAAGAACUAGUGAAGCAGCUUAGGCUUUCUUUUGCUAAGGGUCCUGCUCCAAUAAGUACAAUGGCUUCUAAGGCAUUAGUUGAUAUUUGCAUGUGGCAUGGUCCCCAGGAAGUUGACAAGGCUCUGGGGUUGGAUCAUGCAUCUCAAGUUCAGGAAAAUAAGAUGGCAUUUAAUCCUGUGAACUUUUCUGAUCCUGAUGACAACUUAGAUGUUGAAUUACUUGAUCUCUUAUAUGCUGGUCUUGACAGAAGUGAUUGGACCAAAUCUGGAGAAGGCGAUGAAAAUGAGACAGUGCAAGGCAUUCUUGGUGAGGGGUUUGCUAAGAUUCUUCUUCUGAGUGAGAACUAUGCAAGCAUACCAACUCCUUUACAUCCUUUACUCUUAGUCAAGCUCAUUAUUCUUUAUUUCAGCAAUGAAACAAAGGACCUAGAAAGGUUGAAGCAGUGCUUAUCUGUCUUCUUCGAGCAUUAUCCUUGCCUCUCAGCUAAUCAUAAGAAAUGUUUGUCCAAGGCGUUUGUUCCAGUCAUGCGUUCCAUGUGGCCAGGCAUUUAUGGCAAUGCUGGAGGUUCUAGCUCUGUGGUAUCUAAUAUGCGUAAGCGGGCAGUCCAAGCUUCACGGUUUAUGCUGCAAAUGAUGCAGGCCCCGUUGUUUGUGAGAAAAACUGAAAUUGAGGAUGAAAAUGGUAGUAUGGAAUUUCCAGAAACAGUAGACAGCUCUCUGCAAUCUUCAUUUGAAUGUGGAGAUGAGGGACUUGCAAUACGUAUAGCUGCUGAGGUGGCAGGCUUUUCUGGCAAGAAGACACCUGCUGAGAGGUCAUACAUCUCUGCACUAAGUAGGAUAGUUGUCUUGCUUCAUUUUCGGUCGUCUGAACAAGGAGCAGUAAAAUUAAUGAGGCGGCUCUUGAAUCGCGUAGCUGAAUCCGUAAUAGCAGAUAAAGAUCUUAUGAAGGAGUUGAAGCGAAUGGCUGAACAUCUCAAGUCAUUAGAUAGGCAACCAGAUGAGGAACUACUUCAAGAUCAAAUUAAUCUUAUUUUGGGGAGGUUGGAACUGGACUUAAAAUUGGAUAUUGCUAGCUCUGCUGCAAUGCCUCAAACACCAGCCCUAUCUCGAUCAUCUAAGCUAACUCGCGCUAGAAGACGAGUUAGCAGGGAGGGCGAAACUUCUUCUGAUGAUGAAGAAACCUCACCCACCACUGUUGUUCAGACCAGUGUCGCCAGCCGAUCGCAGAGAGCAAGUAAGACUGCAGCCCUGAAUAAGUUGACUGCCAACAGAGUCGUCAGAAUAGAAGAAUGUGAUGAUGAGGUGGAAGAAGCUUCAGAGGUGACAUCAGGGGAGGAUUCUGAUGGGUCCGAGCAAUAUGGGGAGUGAAUCUGUUGCAGAUUUCUCUGUAAAUGGUUUGUGCUUUCUCAGCACUGUUAGCUGUUGUUAACCAUGAUGUGUUUGUACAUAGUGAAAUGUUCACGGGUGUGAGCUUGUAUAAUCCGCUUGAAAAUGACAGGUUUUUUCAAAGUUAUGUACCAUAUUAUUUCUAUGCAAGUUAGUGAAUCAAUUCUGCUAGUGUUCCUUUUCCAAAUGACAAUUUAGUUGUCAUUCUAUUAUUGUAUA